UUUCCAACCUUCCUCAUGUCGACAGUGAAAGUGAAAACUAACUUUUCAGGGGAUUUGCCGUGUUUAUACUUGUCAAUUCAUUUUCAAUCAUUAGUUGCGAUUCACUAAGCAGAUUGUACAGGUGGUUGGCAGAGUUGGGAUGAAUGGGAAGUGUGUGUUCUUCAUCACUGGAGCCUGUGGGAGCUAUGAAUAAUAUCUGGGAUGCUGCAGAGGGAUCGUUGGACAGCUGCUCAGAGGAGGACUAUGACUGUCCCAUAUGUCAGGAUGUCCUGAAAACCCCCAUCAGGACCAGGAACUGCAGACAUGUGUUCUGUAAAAACUGCUUCCGCCUGGCUCUGAGGGCCCAGGGGCCACACUGUCCCCUGUGCAGGGGCCCCGUAUCGGAGACUGAAAAGAGAGCAAUAGAUGUCCAGCAGCAGAUGAGGGAGAGGAAAGGACAGUGCAGGGCCUGUGGUACUACGAAGUUUCUCAGCAAGAUGAGAGUUCACUACAAAAGCUGCAGGAAGUACCUUGAUGAGUAUGGCACCCCUCUUGACGCACCACCCCCACCAGUCACUCCAACGACUCAGGAAGUCAGCCGUGUAUCUGUGGAUACGAUCCACAUGACUGGUAUUCUACCAGGACAGCCCACACAAACACAGAUAUCUGAAUUGGUUAGGCCCAGAGUGUUGACGUUGGGCUUCCUGGGAGGAAGGGUGUAUUCCUGCCCAUACUGCCCCCUGCAGGGGCUCACAGACAUGAGACUGGUCCAGCACUGUGUCGGCAGCCACACAGGAGAGAAUGCUCCAGCUGUGUGUCCCAUCUGUGCUGCCACUGUUUGGGGCAAUGCUAGUUACUGCAGCCGAAACCUCAUCGGUCACCUGGCUAUCAGGCAUUAUUUCAGCUGUGACACCUACAUGAAUAUAGGGGAGGACGAUUACACCCAACUCUGCCUUGCCAUUCAGCAGUCACUGCGACAAGGCACCGGCAUCAGAGUGACAACAAGACCCUAAGAGAGCUACACAUUAUGUUCCAACACAAUACAUACCUCUUCAACCGUUCCUUGCCACAUCAAUGAUGUCUAUGAUGUUACUUAUUGUGUGUGUAUCCUGUUUCUUUUCUCUCCUUCUCCCCUCACAGGUGGCAAUCAUCAUCAUUCCCCAAUCAGAAGACACACCUCCUCCUGUUUCCAUUACCCAAUCACAUCCCCUUUCCCUUGGUUUAAAAACCCAUUCAGUUGUUUCCUCUGUCUCUCUGUGUGUCUCUCUCUGGGUCUCUCUCUCUGGGUCUCUCUCUCUGGAUUGAGCUCUCUUUUGUUUUUGCAACUACAUGUCACUUUGUCCCCACCUGUGAGUUUUGUUAUGGUGUUUGACUGUUUGUUUGAUGGUGAGAAAAGGGGGUACCAAGACAAGUUGCCUUUGGGCCUACAUUACCCGUAGGAAUACUUUGUCUAAAUACCCUAGUUCAAACUGGGCGGACCACCCGCUGUAUUUUUGGUUAGUUAGUUAGCUGUAUUGAAGUAGGCUAGUCUAGCUUAGGGGUGUUUUGGAUAUUUCUUUCUUUCUUUGGGUCCAGCUCAGCCCCUUUUCCUGCCCCCCUUUGCUGUGUGUUUAAAAAUAAACCCUGAGUGUUUGACGGUAA